CUCUCUCUCUCUCUCUCUGUCCUUUCCCAUCUUAGGAGCAGACAGUCAUUGGAGCAUCGGCACGGCAACGGAGCGACACAGGACCGAUGGAGGAGAGAAGGAGACAGCAAACCUGGCUGACAGCAGCGCAGCGUUGAGAAGAUUUACAGCAGCAAACAACAAAACAGUAACUGCAUUACAAUUCAGAGCAAAGCAGAAGCAACAGAUUGCCCUCAGUUGCAAUUGUUGCUGCAACUGAUGCUCUCCCAGCCGAUCUGGAAAACGAAGCAGAUUCGCAACAGCUCCUGCAGCUGACGUCUCCUAGGUUUUGAAAGUCAGUUUGUCUGUGUGAGAGAAAUGCUUUCGCUGUGUCAAAGAAUGAGGAAAUGACAACGCCGUGCGACAGAAAGGAAAAGCUUUGAUUCGGUCGGAGAGCAACACGUUUCAAGAUGGGCGUCAACAUCACCUCCACCACCAGCGUCUCCUCCCGUCUUCCUUCCUUUACUGGGAUCUGAAGAAGACCAGGCAUCCCGGCUGUGAAUGCAUAAACAGGAGGGGGGGGGGUGUUAGAUUGACAUGCAGAGGGCAGAGUUCAGGGAGUUUUGCUGUGAAACAAAAAGAGCGAGAUCUGGUUUUAUCAGCCUGAAGAAGCAAGCAAGACCUACGAUCAGACAACAGUCAAGUCCACCAGACUAUCAGCUAGACUUCUGAGGACAAGACAGGGAUGAACAGGAGGAUGUACAAGAGCAUCUGCCAGAGAACGGAAGCAAAACUAAAAUAAAAACACCGGAGCAGAAGAUGACAGGAAGAGAGAGAUUUAACUCUGCUAUGCACAGUCACAGAUAGUUUAAAAAUAGAAAAAAGCAAAGAUAUCAGUCAUUAGAACAGUUCACCUCAUCAAAAGUGAGCUAAUAACAGAGACAUAUCUUCACAUUUUGUAUUCUUAGGAUCAUUUCGCACCACAGGAGCUUGCAUUUCAUCUAACAUACGGAGAAAGAGCAACAUCAGAAUCUUUCUUUGACGUCAACUUCUGCCACCACUUGCUGAGAGUUCUUUGCACCGAUUUAAGUCGGUGUGAGCGUCUCGGGGUUCUCGUUUGACUCUUCUUUUCGGGGUGAGGUGGAUCUGCCGUGGGGGGCAGCUGACAGCCAUCCAAGACGCCGCGAGCCGUACUCCGCGUGAAGAAUGCCCAGCCGCGCUUGGCCAAGCCGGCCGACCCGGGCCCGACGGCGGGCCUCUACAUGGAGCGAUCGCAGAGCCGUAUCAGCCUGUCGGCGUCCUUCGAGGCCCUCGCCAUCUACUUUCCCUGCAUGAAUUCCUUCGACGAGGACGAUGGGGUGGAUACAGAGGGCAGGAAGUUGAAGGGAGGCAUCCAGAGGAGCACAGAGACGGGUCUGGCUGUAGAGAUGCCCAGUCGGACCAUCCGCCAGGCCAGCCACGAGUCCAUAGAAGACAGCAUGAACAGCUACGGCUCUGAGGGCAAUCUGAACUACAGUGGGAUGUGUCUGGCAUCAGAUGCCCAGUUCAGUGACUUCUUGGAUGGGAUGGGACCCGCCCAGUUUGUUGGGCGACAGACUCUGGCGACAACAUCAAUGGGUGACGUAGAGAUCGGUCUGUUGGAGAGGAACGGGGGUCUGGAGGUGGAGGUCAUCCAGGCCAGAGGACUCACCAUGAAACCAGGUUCAAAAGGACCUCCAGCGGCCUACAUCAAAGUUUACCUCCUGGAGAACGGGAUCUGUGUGGCCAAGAAGAAGACCAAGUCAGUGAGGAAGUCUCUGGAUCCUCUCUACAACCAGGUCCUGGUCUUCUCUGAAAGUCCACAGGGGAAAGUAGUACAGGUGAUUGUUUGGGGCAACUAUGGACGGAUGGACCGCAAAUGCUUCAUGGGCGUAGCUCGAAUCCUCUUGGAGGAGCUGGACCUCAGCACGAUGGUGAUUGGCUGGUACAAGCUCUUCCCUACCUCCUCCAUGGUGGACCCAACGAUGGCGCCACUCAUCCGCCACUCCUCCCAGAUGUCCCUGGAGAGCACUCUUGGGCCCUGCUGUGAGCGACCCUAAGACUCACACAGAAAUGUUACGUUUUGUUGUUGCGGCUGAGACCUGCUUAGACUUUCAGAAUUCUUUUACCGUCUCAACCGAGUCAUAAGACACAUUUUUAUAUACCUGCCCCUGGAGCAGGUAGGUGUUAAGUAUUUUACUCGAGGGCACUUCAACAGGUCCAACCACACUUGGGACUGAACCACUCAUCUGAUUGGGAAAUGACAUAACAUUCGGGCACUCAUUGGAAAUGUACUAUAAUUCUUUUGAUACUGUAUCAGAUCGUUUUCCCAAGACUCAUGGGAAGCACAUUUCUUUUGUUGUUGCAACCGACCGCCUCUCAGAUUCGCAGGAAAAUUUUGCUCUCUUCAGAUCUCUUUGAUGAAUAAACAAAACCCUACUUAAUGAGGAUACUUCAAAGGAGGGCUCGGUUGCCGACAUUGAUCACAUCCUAUUGGGACCGCAAUACACUGCGGGCUCAGCUUUGCUUCAGCUACGCGCCUUCUCCACAGCCUACAUUCGAUUGUCAUUCCCAGGACUGCUUGUUGUCUUUCUAUGUCCUCAUUAAGGGGCUGGACAGCCUCUAAGCGUUAUCUGUCUAUCCACGAGUCCGGAGAGAAAGUGAGACUGCCCUCAGAUUGUUUGAGACACCAGCCUUCCAUUUUGCAGGAGCAUUGGGACAGUAGGUUAUGGGUGAAUGGUGAAUCUGUACGCAGCAGAAGACUUUCAACUUAUAUAAGACAUAUUGGUUUUGAACACUUGACUUGAGCUGUUUUUGUUUUUUUGUGUCAUACAUUUGGCCCUUCAAUGUUCAAAUCAUUGGGUACUAAGUGUAUUGUAUGUAUGUGGAGAAAGCCCCUUUCAUCCUCUGGAAGGAUCCAGAUCUCUACCUGUUCUUGGAGAUCCAGAGUACUGCUGGGUUUCUAUCCUACCAGUUAGUGACGACUGCAGGUGCCAGGUAUAAAUCAGUCCCUGGGUGGAUUUAUAUGACUUAAAAGAAUAACUAGCAGGUUCUGAGUUCCCAAAGAUCAUGUGCCAUCAUGACCCUUAGAGCCUGUAGAUUUUUAUUACUAUCAAUCACUACAUUAGCCGAUUUUACAGAUUAUUUUGUGCAAGGCACUUAUCAGUCAAAUCAGCUACUGUUGUGUUUGGUAGGAAUGAAAACAUGCAGCCUUGUGUUUUUUUCUUAGAAAAAAAGACCAAUGACCCCAUUUUAGCUGGUUGUUUCUUGAAUCCGUAGCAAAUUAAUUUACAUCCAAAUAGAAAUUUCCAGCCUAUGCUAGCAGGAGUAAAUGCACCCAAGACACAUCAAGAAAAAUAUUGAAAUCUGAUUGACUGACCUACUUCAGGAAGCAAUUCUGUUUUAGCCAAAUGAGUGUAAAAGCAUUUCUCUCUCAAAAAAAAUGUGUGUGAAUCAGAACCAUGCAUAACAUUCUGCUAUGUAGUCAUCAAAGAUAUAUCCGAGAGUGGAAACAUGGCGGAUACAGAUAUCUUGUUUUACAGACAAACUAAAUUGGAUUUUAUGCAUGCAACUUUCUGUAUUGAUAAGAAUUCAAAGUGGCUAACGAUAGACGCAUCUGGCAUGUCCAAAUGCAAUGUGGUUAAACCUUAUCAGGGUGCAAUCUAGAUACAAGUGGUAUGAAACAGCCAGGUGUAAAUGGGGUCUGAAAUGUUGAGGGUGUUCUGUCUUCAUUUAGUUCAGUUCUGUUAUGUGUUCUCAAUAUUCACAUUCCACCUGGUAGUUCAGGUCACAUCGAGUGCAGGGUGAGUGCAGGGUAUUGUACCUGUGCUGUAGCACUGACACAUGACAAGCUGAUAAAAAAGACAAAUGUUUCCAAAAGCAAAGUGUUGAGGUUAAUAGCCUGGUUCAGAGUGUGGGGCUGAAAACCGACCGAGUAUCCCAGUUUAAUUGUAGUUCGGAUUGCUCUUUAGCUAGUACUCUAGAAGUAGAUUUGUACGAUUCCUCCUCUCUUUUUUAAAGCUUUGGCUAACAGUUG